AUGGACGAGAUCACCGCCACUUCUGACGAACCAACAGCAUCCUCGAUAUCCUCAAUCCCUCUUCUGUCCCCAUCUCAGCGUACCCCCAGAUCAACAAUCAACAAACGCGCCAAUGGUGUCGUCAAGGACGCAUUCCGGUUCCGUCGGUGGCUCGAGGAUGAAAAGCACGCUAUACAGGAGGGAGAACAGGAAAUAAUCGCGAAAAUUGAGGGCCGUCUGCCCACUCUCAAAGGCCAAGGCGCAAAUGUCGUCGACUAUGUUGCAAAACUGGAGAAGUACAAGCGCCACAAGUGGGACAUGGAGCGAGCCCGUCACUACGAAUACCAGCUGAUCGCUGAUCGUCUUCUAGGGAUCGCCGGCGGAAGCAUCGGACGUCCUCGAGAUUCUUCGAACCCUGCAUUGAUUGGAGCGGGCCUGGCCAAGUUCUCGACUAGGAGUGAAGUGUCGUCCCUUUCCGGUUUUAUCUGGAAUGAUAAGAGCGGCCUGAGAAUCUACACCCCGUAG